GCGGUACUUUGUUCUCUGCGCCGCAUUGUCAUGCCGAUGGACUAGUAUGUCGUGCAGCGGCGCUGUUGCGCCCGCGGGAGCCGUCCCGACUCGUGCGGUAUUUCUUCCUCCCUUGGAGGCCUUUGUGAGUCCGGGUUGCGCGCGGACGACGGCCAGACUUUCUUCAACUUGCACGAACAGGGUCGCGCCCGGUUGCCGGCUGUCUCGUAGCUUGUUGGUUGCAACUGCGACGCCUCCUAUUUUUAAUUUUUAUGUUACUUUUGUCUUUUUCAUCUCGUGCACUUACCCUUUGUCGUUGAUCACUACGUUAGUCGCUGCUCGGGAUUUCGCAGAGAAUGGAGUUUCCCCCAAACGGAAUCCCCAGCGAUUUUACCAGCAGCUUCAUCAACUCGCCACCCCUCGAAUAUCACGAUGAGGAGGCCGACGGGCGCUCCAACGCGUCCACCAGCGAAGCUCCCGUGACGCCGUUGCCGGUAUAUACCAGCAUCCAUCGGGUCCGGCGUUUAGUUCUCGCCAGCAUCGACGAUCCGUACACGCUGGAGCACUUUCGGGAGCCCAGCCUCAAUGCGCUCAUCGUUCGUCCACUCGUCGAUCGCCUUUACGAUCCCCAAGAUACCACUGUCGUCUACUGUCUCCUCGUGAACCGCGUUCACUUCCUGCGCGAGCAGUCGCAGCUCGUCUACCAGUCCGUCAACGGCGCUCGCGCGACUUUAUGCGAGCUUGUGGCCACGCGCGUCCUCCGCCGCUUCCACGAAGACCACCCCGGCCAGGCGGGCUUGCUGCUCCUCGCACGCAUUCUGGUCCAGGGCCAUGACCCUUUUCAGGGCGCCCCCGCGCACAUCGAGCGCGAGGGCCGCCAGCUGCACUGGCCGGUACAAGACCGUGGCGGACACGAGCACGAGCUGACGGCCCUGGAACUCGCCAUCGUGUCGGAGAGCAAGACCUUUGUCGCGUCGUCGGCCUGCCAGCGCGUCGUCGACGCCGUGCACAGCGGGCAGAUCGUCUACACGCCGCUCAGCUUCGUCGACAUGCUGCCAGACCACUACAAGCACCGUCCCAUCGCCCUCUACGACCCGCACGGAGCGCGGCUGCUGAACCACCACCGGCUCAUCGUGCCGCGCAUCAGGGCGAUUGUCGAGAUGGUCGAGUUCUUGGUGCUGCUGGCGCUGUACGUCCUGACCAUGGUGAAUCGUAGACUCGACUACAACGUCUGGGAGCUGCUGUUUUGCGCCUACACUGCUGGCUGGGCUCUGCAUGAGUUUGCCGCCAUCAUCGAGCAUGGAUGGGAGGUCCACGCCCAGAGCCUGUGGGCAUUUCUCGACACGACCUUUGUCGUCGUGUACGCGGCGUACUUGCUCGUGCGCGUGUACGACAUUGCCGUCGGGCAGCUGCACGAUGGCUUUGGGCUGCAUAUCCUCUGCAUCGCAGCGCCCAUCCUGCUGACGCGCAUCGCAUUUACCCUCCUUCCCCACAACAUCGUCUUCAUAUCGUUGCAUGCCAUGAUGAAGGACUUCACCCUAGUUACCUUCCUCGCAAUAUGGUGUUUUCUCGGCUUCCUGCUUGCGCUGCAGUGGCUCAUCACGUCUGACCAGAGCCUUGACGUCGGGGACGGCGGCGCACCGAGCUGGUCGACCGUGUCGAAAUGGCUCCUUUGGAUCUGGUUUGGCCUCGACGGCACGGGCAUUGAAGAGUCGACUCGCUUCCAUGUCGUCUUCGGGCCGAUGCUCAUCAUUGCCUUUGCCUUCUUGGGCAAUACGCUAUUCCUCACCAUCAUGGUCGCGCUGCUCACCAACACCUUCUCGCGCAUCAUUGCGGACGAGGCCGCCGAGAUUCGUUUCCGACGCACGGUUCUCACCUUUGAAGGCGUCAAGAGCGAUGCCAUAUUUGCUUACCCCCCGCCAUUCAACAUUAUCGCGCUGGCGAUCCUCCUCCCCGUCAAGUGGGUGGUAUCUGCCCGACGCUUCCACACCAUCAACGUCGCGCUCAUUCGCCUCUUCAAUGCCCCGAUCCUCCUCCUCAUCAGCCUCUUCGAGCGGCGCAGUCUCUGGGCCCGCCCGAAGCGCCCGAGCAGAAGCUGGCGCUUCACCGGCUUCUCACCGCAUGGGGAUAUACAGGCGGUCUUCGAAACCCCGCUCCCAGAGGAAGUGUCAGACUUCAUUGACAUGAUAGACCCGAUGAGCGAGGUUCCGGUCUUGGAGGAUGAUGUGAUGUCGAGGUUGUCGGGCGACGUUCCCCGCUCGAGACUACGGAGGUCACGCAUGUCUAGACGCAGACGGCGAUCUGGUGAUGACAGCAGAUCGCCAUUCCGAGCGCAGCUGCAACUGUAAACCAGCCCAGAUAACUAUCUACCAGAAUAAAGCCGCCAUUUGGCGUAUGCAGUCGCCUGAAGGGAGCGUGGAAAGACCCCAUCGCGAGUUAUGACUGACUAGAACACUACACCGGCGCCCUGCCAACGUGCCACGGCGUCCUCCCAAGGCACAACCUUGGCACCGCGGGUCUGCAGCAUCUCCUCGACGCUCCUCUCAAUGUCCACCGCCGACUUCCCCUUGGUGUCGUAUGUCGAAUGCGCCCCCCGGAGAAUCGUCACUCCAAAUCCGGCCGCCAGGGCGCCUUUGCAUGUCUCCUGUACGCAGCACUCGCUCUGGAUGCCAAAUGCAACAAUACCGUCGAUCCCCUGUUCCUUGAGCUUCUCCGCCAGAUGCGGGUUGGACUCAAAUGUGUCCCCUGGUUCAUUUGAUGUCAGCUCCGAUCCUAUCUUCGCUCUCGUUCAUGGAUGUAGUCCGUCCUGUCUAAGCGCAUCGAGAGCUACCACGUACGGGUUAUCUUAGCCACUAGAAUCUCGUCUUUGGCGCCUUCGCGGGGGUUGAAGACGAGCUUCCACGGCUCGCUGCCGUUGGCCAGUGUGCCCUGCUCGGGGCGCUCUUCAUGCUGCACAAAAACAAUCAACGCCGGCUGCUUGCCCUGGGGAACCGACGAGGCAAGAUUCCGCGCCGCGUCGAGGAUCCUGUCGCCGGCGUCGCGAAUGCGCGCGGCGUGUGGGAUUUCUGUCUGCGGGUCAUCGGCGAGCUCCUUUUGUAUGUCGAUGACGAAGAGGGCGGUGCGAGGCAUGAUUGCAGUCAUCAGCAGAUGUCUGGGCAGGAAACUCGAAUUUGCAAGUCCCGUUCACUUGGCUGUUGAAACAAUGCCCGACUCGUCGGUUUCUGUACCAAAAAAAAUUGGCGAGGGAAGCCGGGACUCAAGACAGGAUGACCCGAGAGGUUGAUCGUCAACUAAGCCCUUUUGUAGAAAACGGGGGGCAGCUGAAGCAGCCCCGCCUUCUAGUAGCAGCACCG